UGGGCGGCCCUGCGCAUGCGCAAAUUGCGGCAGGAGGGAGACUAUGCGCGGCUCUGCGCAGGCGCAGAUCGCGAGAGGGCGGAGAGGCUGAGGCUGAGGGCGCGGGCCAUGGCCGUGGCGCGGUCCGGUGGAUUCGAGGCGGCCGAGCAGCAGCAGCAGGAGGUGUUGUCUCGGCAGCAGGAGCGGCACUACCGGCUGCUGGCUGAGUUGCAGGCGCUUGUCAAGGCGCUACCCAGUGCCUGCCAGCAGCGUCUCUCGUACACGACGUUGUCCGAGCUGGCGCUGGCGCUGCUGGACGGGACCGUGUUCGAGAUCGUGCAGGGGCUGCUGGAGAUCCAGCACCUCACCGAGAAGAACCUGUACAGCCAGCGGCGGCAGCUGCACAGCGAGCACCGCGGGCUGAAGCAGGAGCUGUUCCAUCGGCACAAGGAGGCCCAGCAGUGCUGCAGACCCCACAACUUGCCACUACUCCGUGCAGCCCAGCAGCGCGAGAUGGAGGCUAUGGAGCAACAGAUCCGAGAGGAACAGCGAAUGAUGGAUGAGAAGAUAGUCUUGGAAUUGGACCAAAAAGUAAUCGACCAGCAGAGCACCCUGGAGAAGGCUGGGGUGUCUGGCUUCUACAUCACCACCAACCCCCAGGAGCUGACUCUACAGAUGAAUUUGCUGGAGCUGAUUCGGAAGCUGCAGCAGAAGGAAGCUGAGGCUGAGAAGGCUUUUUCCUGAAAGAGCAAAUCUGCGGUUCACCUCCCAGAGUUUUUCCUCUGACUUCCCUCUGAAACAAGAGACUGUCCAUGCAUUUGCUUUGUAUUGUGUCAGGAAGAGGCUACAAGAGUAGAAGAAAUUGCUAAGACACUUAGAUUAGAGCUGGGGCAGGCAAAGCCCAGCAGAGGGGAUGGUUUGGAGCCUAGGGAUGGCUCUCAGAUCCCUCAGGAUCUCAGGAUCCUCAGAGCACUGUCAGCUGCAUCUGGCUCAGCUGGGAGCUGAUGGAGCAUGGUCACCUGCCAGGAAUGUCUUGCAGUGAUGCUGAGGCCAUCAUUGAGCCGAGGCUGGGCUGAGCACUGAGCACACAGAGCCCCGCUGUGUGAGGGUGACCCUGUGUUUAGAUGAUAUAACUGGGGGCUCAGUGGGGUGGGGAACAAUUCCAAGGAUGCUUCUGUGUGUUAAGGCAGAAACAACCUCUUAGACAGGCAGACCCUUCCCAGAGUCUCCAGCAGGCUGGUACCAGCAUUAUCUGUAUUCGUUUAUCUUUAUGCUGGCCAGCAUCAUCUGUAUUAAAGGAGGAUUUCAGGCCUCAGCCCAGACUUACUGGACUGGUGUUUGCAGUGUUCCCAUUGACUCAGAAAGCAGAGCUUUUGCUUUUGUUCUUUCAAACCAGUUUCCAAAUGAAGAGAAAUAAUCCACUUUCCUUUUGGAGCUGCAGCAUUCUGAAUGCCAGUGGUUGUGUUUGUCCUGUCCUCAGUUGAUGAGUGUGGGGCUUGUGGUGCGUUAGAUGGAAGCUGGGGAGAAACCAGGAGUAUUUCUGAGAUCUUUCAGGGUGUUGGAAGAGCUUGUGGGUGGCCUUAUGGUGGGGAAAGCUGGUGCUGGAGGAGACAAACACAAGAUCAGAGCUACAAGGACCAAGGAGGCUUUUGGAAAUUCAGGGCUGAGGCCCCCUCCCAUUUCCAUCGUGUGUGGGUGUUCCCUCCCCAUGGGGAUUAUGCUGCUGUGAUUCAGCAGCUGGAGACAAGACCUACUGCUUAUGUGGAGUCUUCACCUCCUGGAAGAAGGUCCCCAUCUGGAAAGCAGGCUGCUAUGGGACCUGCACCACUGCAAAGUCCUCAUAGAGCUCUUGAAACUGUGUUGCCACUGGACCAUCAGGUGGGAGCUCUGUGCUACAUUGCUGAGCAGUGGUGAGGGGCAAGGUGGGCAACAUUCCCCUCUGGAGACACCUUCAUCCUCCUGGGAGGACACAGGGUAGCCACUGGUGCAGACUGGGUGAAGUCAGCAUCUGUGGUCAGGUUUGUGACCAGAGCAAUUGGCAAGGAAAUUGCUUCCCAAGGUGAGGCUAGGGAAGGCAGGGGUGAACAGUGGGUUCUAUGGCAGGAAAGGAUACCCAGGUGCUGGGGGUGUCACAUUGCCUCCCAGAAGCUUCCCUUUCCUCUACACAAGCUCUCUGGAAUGGCUGGAGCAGCAGCAGAGCGAGGGUGUGGCUGGAGGAGCUGGGAUCAAGGUUACUACUUGUGGGUUCAACCCUACUGCACUGCCCUGUGGGGUGAGGGAUGGAGUCCACCUCUGUGUAGAGCCCCUGGGACCCAGGACUGCUGCUGUCUACAAGGAGAGCCAGUACCAGGGGCUGUUCUGGUACUGCCAUGGCAACAGCAGCUCUCGAGCUUCCUGCUUCUGCCAUCUGUUUGCAGAUGGCUCUGCCAGGCAGCUGAUUGCAUCCAAGCUGAAAUUUUCCAUACCUCUACUCAGGUUGGGUUUCAGAAAGGCCAGGUUGGAGAGCUGCAGGGGGUUAGACAUGGGUAGCUGGUGGGAAAGAUUAUCCUAAGGGAGCAAAGCCCCUGGGAUGUGAUCAGCAAGAUUUCAGCAGAGGAACUUGCUCAGCCCCUGAAGCUGGACAGUACAACAUGGAAGAUACUGUUACUUUUUCAAGCAAGUGUCAUUGUGUCACCAGAGGGUGACACCAUCCCACAGCAUUGCUGUGCCCCAGCCACUGCAGUUGCAGUACUGCCAGUAACACAGGGCAGACCUGGUGAGAGCAACCCAAGGCGGCUGGAAGUUCUGCCACGCUUUGGCUGGCUCAGCUUGAUUCAGUUACCUGUGCAGCUCCCAAACUCUCAGCUGGUGUUCCAGGAACAUGUGUUUGGCUUCAGGCAUCCACAGAGCUGGACCAAAAGCCCAGAGCUCCAUGUAUGCCAGAAAUGACAUGGAGAAGGGAUGCAACCCAUGUAGAGGGUGAUCUUGUCCCCCAGUGAGUUGCAGCUGGACCAGUUGCUGAAGACUGAAGGGGGCCUGAUCUUGACAGGCCACACCUGUAACCAGCAAGAACUAGUGAUAUAUAAGAGUAAGGAAAGAGGAGUGAGGGGAGUCAGAUUACUACUGCAAGGACCUGGAAUAGUCAGUGCGUAGAGGAGCUGCCUGUGAGGAACAUCAAGAAGGUAUGAAGCUCUGACAAUGUGAAAUCCUUGUGCUAUGAUGAUGCUAGAACUUGUGGUAUCUAAGACAACAAAUGGUGACCCUGAUGUGAUUUGGGACUAAACUAUAUUGCCCCGUGGAUUUGGGAGAACUGGACUUGACCAAAUAACCCUGUGGAUUCGGGGGAAACCAGAUCUGACUAUAUAACCCUGUGGAUUCGGGAAACUGGACUUGAACACUAAACUAUUGGCAAAAUAUAAUAAUUACAGGUAUUGGUGUUUGCUAAAUAUGAGUGUAAAAGACCUUGAAGAUAAGUGCUUUUGUAAACUGGGAAAAGCUGUAGAACUGAACUAAUAUUUAGAAAUAUAUAUCUGUGCUGUAACAUGCUGAUUUGAACACUUGUAUAACUCUUAAUUCUAAAUGAAAUAUACAAAUAUGUCAUAACGUUAA